GUCAGCUUGUGUACACACACCGUCUGUGUGAGACCAAAGUUCAUGAUAAAAAUAUAUAUAGAGUUAGAUAAAAAUUAAACAGGACACAAUGGCGUAUGUCAUAAAAACCAAAAAAUCAGAAGUGGAGCUUCCAUACCUUCCUAAAAAUGGUAUGCUCAAGAAUGGAACUGCUGUAACCCUUGACUGGUACAAGGACGCAGACGAGAAAGAAUUAUUUGACAUUCUGAGACACAUCGUGCAUGAAGAGGGUGAUAGUUACCCUCAAGAUGAGAUGUCUACUAUAGAUGACUUCCGGUCAUAUUACCUCUCACAUGAUGUUUUUGUAUGUAAAAACAUAUCAACUGGGGAAGUCAUUGGAGGUUUUUAUGUAAAGCCAAACUUUCCGGGAAGAUGCUCGCACAUCUGCAACGCCGGGUUUAUAGUUAAAGUUUCGUCAAGGGGUUAUGGAGUUGGAACAUUUAUGGCGGAAGCAUAUUUACAAAUAGCACGUGAUUUAGGAUACCUUGCGUCGUUUUUCAACCUUGUAUUUGUAUCUAAUGAAUCGUCGCUAAAACUAUGGAGAAAACUAGGAUUUACCGAAAUUGGAAGAGUCCCGAAUGCUGGUAAAUUAAAAGGAAGGGGCAUGACAGACGCUCUUCAAUUUUAUUAUGACUUAACUUCGUUAACGAAAUUGACAGUUGAAUAACCUUUAUGAAUCCCUUGUAUCCUGAAUAUCAAAAUAUUUGUUCAUUGAUAUAUCAUAUUAAAAGGAGAGAUUUUAUAAUUCAAUACGAUAUUUAUAUUACAUCUAUGUACUUGUUAGUCUUAAAUACAGGAUUUUUUAAAUUUUUUUUAGAGGUAAAUCAUGUUUUAUUAAUAGUUUUUCACAUUUGUUAGUUGAUAUAUCAAAUACAGGAUUUUUUUUGUUGAUAUUGGCAUCGAAGUAGCUGUCAGUAAUAAUUAUUGCAAGUACUCUCAGAUCGGUAUUUAUAUUACUUGUAGAAUAUUUUUUGUUGUUUGGAUGUACAAGUACCCGUCAAUGUCUACUAUGUGGUUUUGUUAUUCUAUGUGUAUCAACCUGACAAGUAAAGCCUUUUCCAACUGCUUUUUUUCAUUUCUAAGUUUAUACUGUUACAUCACUGUUACAGA